CCAACAGGCUCCAAGGCCUGGCACAUGCGGCUGACCUUUGAACGGCUCUCAGGCGGUUGCAAUCUGCAUCGGUGCAAGCUUUGCGGCAAAGUGGUCACCCACAUACGCAACCAUUAUCAUGUGCACUUUCCGGGCCGCUUCGAAUGUCCACUCUGCCGGGCGACCUACACCAGAAGCGAUAACCUGCGCACGCAUUGCAAGUUCAAGCAUCCGAUGUUCAACCCCGACACCAGAAAGUUCGAAAACAUGCUUUCCCCCACGAUGGCGUCGCAAGCGGCUGCGGCGGCAGCAGCCAUUUCGGCAGCGGCUGCCGCCGCAAACAGCAGCUUUAAGCCCGAUUUUUCCACGGCGGCCGCGGUCGCGAACAGCUUCAAGUCGGAGCAGUUCUCCGCGGCGGCAGCAGUUGCCAAUUACGCGCUCGGCUCCUUCAAGUCCGAGUUCCCCCCCAUUCCGAGCACGACCGCGGCGGCGGCUGCGGCGGCUGUAGCGGCAGCGGUAGCGGCGUCCGUCUCGCCCGGCAGCGGUGGCGGCGGCGGUAUUGGUGUUGUCGGGAGCGGAGGCGUUGGUAAUAGUAGUAUGGUUGGCAUCAGCAGCGUCGGGGGGAGUAGUGGUGGUGGUGGUGGCGGCGGCAGUAAUCUCAGUAUGCAGGCGGCUGUUGGUGGUGUGGUGUCAGGCAGCGGAAUCAUGGCUAUCGGUGCGGGCGGCGGUAGAGAUAGCGCCUGUGGCGGUGUCGGAGGUGGUGGGGGAGGUGGCGGAGGAGGAGGAGGAGGUGGUGGCGGUGGGUGUGGUAGUGGUGGUGGAAGCAGUGGCCGGGAAAGUAAUAAUGGUGGCGAUCUGUCCGACUGAUAUCGAAGCAGUAGAUCUCGCAAUGAUCAAUGGCAGCCCAAUGACUACUAUCCCGACCAUGCAGACGACGAUGAUGACGACUCCACACGACGCCAUCUGUUUCCUGUUCGACACACAACACCCGACACGACAACGCAUCACCGUUACCAACCGCAACAGCAGCAACCUGCACCAUCGCAUCCUUCCAUACCCCGUCCCGUACCUUCCGUUCCAACACCUGUGUCUACUUCUUUAUCUGCGUCACAGCCGCUGAGCAGUCGGGAGCAGUGGAGCUAUCCAUAUCCGUCGGUUCAGUCUUCGUUGCCAGUGUCGCCCUUUUUGCGACCAACGGCUCAGUUACAGUCGACAGAUAGUACUGCCACCACCUCCACCUGCACCGUCGUUAGCACCGUCUGGAGGAAUGGAGGUAGUAGCAGCAGUCUCACCGACCUAGAUACAUCACCGUCGUCUAGGGUGGAAUACGGGCUGGGUGCUGUCAGCUACCCGAGUGCCGACAGUAUAGGCCGGACUAUCGCUCCCUGUUGUCGGGACAAUGCUGGUUACAUUGAUUACGGCCGCUACCGGAGCAGUAGCGGAAAUGGUGGCACUCAUACUAGCAGCAGCAACAGCAGUAGUACCAGCAGCAUCACCGCUAGGCAAAACCUAUCGAACCGCCGGCUGGUAAACCGCCACAUCACCGAGAACUGUAACACCGCUCAGUCACCUCGCGGCAGUACUUCGGGUCGUGCACUGUCAGUGCUUCCACUGGCAGCUACAAUCUACGGACGUCGUCCACUCUGUUCACCCUGCGGUAGUAGUUGUAGAGGUAGUAGUCGCUCUUCUCACUCCACCUUUCCGCAUCGGGGCUGCGUUUGGAGGGGUUACGGGUCGCUGCAAACAGGUGUGGAUCAGUCGGCGGCUGGCUGGCCGCUCGUAUUCCGCACGUCUGCUAAUGCCGGGCGUUCCGCAAGCGAAGGUACUCCAAUAACCGCGUCCGAAUAUGCUAACCGUUCGUACCGACACCGAUAUCUGCAUCUGGAGCCGUCACACCGACAACCACAGUAUCAGCAGCAGCAGCAGCAGCAGCAACAACACCAGCAGCAGCAGCGACGCCGUCGACGGCGGCAGAUAAAGCGCCCUCUAGCGGGUAUUUGCGAUAAAGGAGUAGUCACCUUCCCGGAUCAUGACCGAUCUUCGAACUACGACCGUGGCGAACCGAAAGCCGACUAUCAAGGUUUCACAGAGGACAGUAAUGCUGGCGGUGGUGGUAAUGGUAGUGUUGAUGGUAACAGUGCCCAUCACACGGGCACGGUCGUUUGUCCCACGGAGCUAGGUUAAGUCGUCGUCUCAUCCUGUCUCUGCUAGCGUCUCUGCUCGUAUUUCGCGUACCCCGUACAUCAACUCUCUCUCUCUCCCUCUCUGUCUCUGCGUCUGCUCAUCAUCUUCUGCUAAAAAUGGCCGCCUUGCUUUUCCCCCAUAUAUAUAUAUACGCAAAACACCAACACACAGAUACACACCACUUGCCCAAAACCCCUCCCGUAUGACAUCCCUCAACAUAUCUGUUGGUCAUCUCUGCUUCGUCGAUCUUUUUUACAUAAACACACACACUCACACACACACCAAUACACGAACUUGUUGUUAUAAAGGAGAGUGCAAUAAGGGGCUUCUGUAGGCACUGUGUCUUGCCGUGCUGUGGGCACCUACUAGGCAAAUAUUUUGACAGCUGAUGGCGGCUCUUGAGAUACAUUGUGCCGAACAUCUAUUCUGACCCCUCGUAUAUUUAUAUAUCUCCCGAUGAUACUUAUAAUCGUUGACGUUGAUCGUAUAGUCUGAUAAGCCUAGCGUCCUCCACUAGCCUUGCUAUAGUUACGCACAAUCGGGCGUAAUUAGUUUUGCGUUCUUUCCACCUCAUACUUCCUUCCCUCUCUCCCACCAAAUGCCUGCUCACACCGCGUAGUCUAAUAUGGUUUUGUUAACGUUUCGCUCGAGGCGAACAAACUCGGUGCAUUUAACGAACUACCUUUCCAUUAGUUUGUACCACUCGGCAAAAGGCAACAACAUCCCAGUUAGGAUUGUAUGUAUGGUUAUGAUUAGUUAGAGGUACGAUUCGUUUGCUCUUGCAAUUGAUAGCUGAUAUCUUUAUUCACUGCUCUGCGCAAGAUGGUAUUCGUUGAACAGAACGAAGGUUGAGCAGUUGUUGGAUAAUCACAACCACACCCCCACUAUCGCUACCAUAUAUCCUUUUCUUCCUUACUUAGUCUCAUUGUACCCCAGUGCGGUAUAGCCGUUCAAUGCAUGCGUUGUACUAUUGUAGAGUUUUUGUUUUAUUUUAUGUUAUUCCUUUAGUUGUACUAGAAUGUUGAAAUUAAUUAUUGUAAAAACAAAAAAAUAAUACGCAAGGAACUGUCACUUGUCGCAGAUAGACAAGCAAACAAAGGAGCAAUUGAGCCACAAAAGCCUGUUCGAAACCGAUGAACAUUGUGUCGGCAUUAAUUAGCGAAUACGUGACACUCGCAUUAAUACCCCAUUCACACCGGAAUAUCCUCGACGGGUUGUCUUGGUGGUGUGUAUUAGCUGUGAAU